CAAGGCCCCCACCCGCUCUCCCCAACCCUCCUCUUGUCUUCCUUCCCGCUAGCAUUUCAUUUCCCCGCUUUCUCCUGUCGCCCCGCCCCUAACCCCCCGCUCCCUGCACCUCGCUUGCUCCCGCUGCCAUCCGAAUCUAUCCACCCCAGGUUCCUCAUCUGUCUACCCAACUGUCAGCCUCUUCUUGUUCACGCUUCGCUUCUAGAGUUCCUUAGUUUACUGCUUCUGGUGAGAGGUGCACACGAGGUGAACGCCUCUGGAAUUUAAGCGAUCAACCGUGGUAGCUAGAUUCUUGUGCACAUGGCUGGGAGAGGUUCGGUAGGUUUUGAGACAGGCGUCAAGGUAAAGUAUGAGGAUGAUCGGCGGCAGGGCUGAAGGUUGAAGGUAGGGGUGCGGAGGAAAAAAAAUAAAAAUAAAGGGGAGGAGAAAGAAGGAGGGGGAAAACAAAAUUUGAAAAUCAUACAGAAGGGAAGGAAGAGAGAGGAGAAGGAGAGAAAGACAACCAGCAAGGAAUUGGGUCAGAGGAGCUGGGCAUCAGUGGGGACUGUGAUGGUGGCGGGAUGAGGAGGAGGAGGAGGAGAUCAUGGGCCUUGUGACGGAGGUCGUGGUAGUGACGGUUCUCGGGGGGUGGAGUGGAGGUCAUGCCAAGAUGAUGCAGAAUUAUCAGCAACACAGGGUAGUUGGGUACGAGCCGCCUCUCGAAUAGCCAGCAAUAAUAUCGUCAAAGAAAGAGAAUUGAAUGCCGAGCUACUGGCUGCAGCGAUGACGGCGAUGGGAGGACAGGGAGUAGGAGGUGUAGUAGGGCAGGUGGAUUCGACGGCACUAGCUAUGGCAGGGAUGGGGCAGGAAUAUGGUGGUGGCGAGGGACAAUCUAGUGGGGCCGUAAGUGGGAUGGGUAGUAUGUCGAUGGCGGGGGGCUUAGGAGAGCAGCAGCAGCAGCAGCAGCAGCAGCAGGCGCCAGCUGUGGCGGCUAAAAAGCCACCACCGAAACGAACAUCGACGAAAGACAGACACACCAAAGUGGACGGGCGCGGGCGUCGCAUUCGCAUGCCCGCGACGUGCGCAGCGCGAAUUUUCCAGCUGACUCGUGAGCUUGGUCACAAAUCCGAUGGUGAGACGAUCGAGUGGUUGUUGCAGAAAUCCGAGCAGUCGAUUAUUGCUGCGACAGGAACUGGAACCAUUCCAGCCACUAUAUCCUCGAUUCAGGGAUCGAUACGGAGCUCUGCGAGUAUGGCAGUGGCAGCGGCCGGAAGAGCUGGAAUGCAUGGUAGUCUAGGCUUGGCUGGGCCGGGUGGUGGGACAACGGCGGAAGAGAUGCAGAGUCGAAUGCAGCAUGAACAGGCACAGCGUGGUAGGAACGAAUGGGGAGCUAGUACAGAUGAGCGCGUGUUGGAAGCAACGCGGGCCUUCGAAGCCAGUCGGCGGAUGAGUCUUGGGCAUGGGGAUCCAGGUAUGAGCCAUGAAGUUAUGGCAGGGUUCCAGCACCAGGACCUGGUGGGGGGCCCGUCGGAGGCUGGGGAAGGGAUGGAAUCUCCCGACAGCAGGAUGCGGAAGAGACCAAGACCCUUGCAGAGCCGGAUGAAAGAGGAUCCGGAUCAGCCGGCCAGGCCCGUGCGAACAACUGCUCGACCAUCCAUGCAACAGCAGGGAGGACAAGGGCAGCACCAAGGAGGAGGGUCGUCGAGCAUUAUGCCAGCAGCAAUGUGGGCUGUGGCUCCGGUAGGGGCAGGCGUUUCCAGCAGCGGUGCCAUGCCGGGGACCAUUUGGAUGUUGCCUGUGAGCACAUCGCAGGGGGGGGCGUCGGCAGGAGUGAUGUCAGGGCAAUCGGAGCAGCAAAUCUGGACGUUUCCGACGGCCUCGGGACAGUACCGAAUGACGGCAGCGGCGGGGACGUCGAUUCAGUUGGGUCCGGGAGGCAAUGGCGGGAGUGGCCAAGGUAAUACACCCACUUCCGGCAGCAGUGGACAGGCGAUGGUGCCAUUGAUGGCGUCAGUGAUGCCGCGGAUCAAUCUUCAGGGAGGUAUGGGACUAGAGCUUCAGGGCAGUCAUAUGGGUCAUCAUGUGCCGCUUGGGUCUAUGUUGUUGCAGCAAGGGGGUCAGCAGAUGCCGGGCACUGGGUUAGGCCUUGGUGGUGGUGGUGAGGGGCACUUAGGGCUGCUGGCCGCAAUGAAUGCUUAUAGCCGCAACUUGACCCCUGAUCAUCAGUCUAUGGGUGGCUCAGGGCACCAACAGGGCGACAGCGGCGACGAUCCCACCAGCUCGCAAUAGCUGACCCUUUCAUACGAUAAUGACGUUGUAUUACUUGACUCGUGUGUGAAGACGCUGCCGAGUUUGGCAUUCAGGCUGCAAGUUUUGCUGCGCGCAAGCAUUCUCUCUUGCGAUUUAUUGACCAUGAUUGAUUAUGAGGACCACGUUGGCAGCCAGCCUCAGGCAGCCAUCAGGAGUGAUGUUGACGACUUUCUCUCGUCCCUUAGAUUGAGAAUUUGUACCAAAUAGACCGUUAGUGCCAGACAUGGGUUACUUCUCAUCGAACGAACAAGAAAAUUGAUGAAAGAGAGCUGGUGUGGGGUAAGCACGGUGAUGCUGUAUAAUGUUACAUCUGGCAAUGGAGCGACACUCGAAGUACCGCGUGUUGAAGUCCUGCUUGUGUUGUGCAAUCUAAGGGAAUGAAAAAUAAUAAGGUUGAUGAGGUGCUAUGUCAACUCGUGCUGUUGGUACGGCAUGGAUGAUCUCGCUCUAGCCUGCUCCGACUUGGCCAGGGUUCCGCGUCCGCCCCUCCUCACACCCCAGGACCCCGUGUUUUUAUUAACCAUAAUUCAUCGAAUCCAAAGGUUCCAAAAGGUAGCCAAACCACUACAGUUGAAACAGGUUGUUCUCUUAGUGUCAAGUAGGGGCCAUUCUUUAUCUACGUCACGGCAGCCGUUGACGCUGUCGGGGCUUAAUAAUAUUCUCUCCCCUCGGGGUCAGGGAUUUGUGCACUUGUCCCGUCCAGUGUGUGAGCCUUUUCUCCUGCUUGGCCCGCUGUGUAUUGUGUAGUCUUUUCUUAUAAAACCGUGCGCACCGUUCAGGGACGUUCGCUUGGGUUUUCAAUUUGCUUUGCUUGAAGGCCCCUUUUCCUGUUAUUAUGUCCUGUUAUGGUUCGGGUCCUCUUGCUCAGGACCUCAUCAGUAUAAUUUUGUAGAUGUCUGGUGUACACUCGUAGGCUGUGAAAGACCUUGAAUGUGUUCCGGCAGUUGCUGGGCAAAAAUUAUAAAUGAAAGGGUUUAUGCUUGACGUGCU